AUGGCACAUUCCUUGCGACCUUUUGUGCCUGUUGAAAAGGAUGUUGUGAACAUGGUGGAGCUUCAAGCUCUUGAUAAGGUUUCAGUACUUACGUACAAUAUAUUGUCGCAAAUGGGUGCACGAAGAUUGCAACGUAAAGGUAGAAAUUACGUCAAGACAGCAAUUCUUAACAUUCAAAAGCGACGAGAGAGACUUUUACGCGAAAUUCUUGCAUACGAUACUGAUCUCAUCUGUCUACAGGAAGUUGACGAGUAUGACGACUGGUGGGUAACAGAACUUGCGAUUGCUGGCUAUGACAGUAUCUAUGCAACGGCUGCUGCAUCAGACUCAACUCUUGUAAUGAAGAAACUUGAUGAAGGGCUUGUGAUAGCGUUUAAAACGUCACUUUUUCAGCUCUUAAAAUCGACUGAAAUUCAUCUGAAUGAAAUCUGUACAAACAUCGUUAAUGAGAAUGUUGCAGCGCGAGCAAAGCAGGGCAAACUUGCUUUAGUAGUGUGUUUACAGCCAUCGGAAACUUCAACUCUUCCAUCUGCUCUAUGUAUUGCUACUACGCAACUUGCAGCAGGAGCUACACCCGAAUUGGAACAUGUACGACUGCUGCAGACUGAGUAUCUGUGUCAUCAGCUGUCUGGGUUUAAUGCUGACUUUCAAUUACCGGUAAUUUUAACUGGGACUUUCAAUGCUAUACCUACAAGUGAUGUGUACCACAAAAUUCGUAGAAGUCGAGAUCGAGAUCAAAAUAGUUCGAUCAUUUAUUACGAAAUGAUGAAAAGUGCAUAUGAAGAAUAUUCAAUAAAUUCAAACGAGCCAGAAUUUACAUUUUCAAGCGACAAAUUUCAUGGAACGAUUGAUUACAUUUUCUAUUCAGCUCAACAAUUUACGCCAUAUCAAGUUUUGAAAUUAUUGACAUAUGAAGAGCUUAAAGAAGCUAUUGAAAUUAAAGAUACUGAGCGCAUCAAACACAAAUCGGAUGACGGACAUCAAGAUGUGACUGAUUGUGCCUUAGGAUUGCUGCCUAAUACUCACUGCCCGUCAGAUCAUCUUCCAUUGGCUUGUAUUUUUGCCAUUCAAAAGCAAAACCUUGCUGUCGAGUGGAAUUAA